AUGUCUUUUCUAAGCUAAGGAUAAAAAUUUAAAAAUUUGAAAACUCUAUUCAAAGAUAUUAAUGUUGAAGCUAAGAAGAAGAUUCUCAUACAUGGCUAUCAUGGGGCAAGUCAUGCUGACUUAAACACUAAUUUGUCAUGUUAUCUUGCUGAAACUGGAGUUUAUGAUGUUUAUAUGAUUGUGUUUGCCCAUAGAAAGGAAUAUAUCAACACUCUGAAAAAAUGUGGUGCAAAACCAAUUUUAUACUAUUCUCAAGAAUCAAAAGAAGAAAAAAAGUAUCACCUGUCAUCUAAUAUAUCUGAAUGGGUAUUAGGAGAGAGUUUAAUAGAAAAUGAUUUUAAUUUGCGAUAAAAUUGGCAUUAAAAUUUGAAAUCACAAAAAUUUGAUAUGGUUAUAUCUGACUAAGAAAAUUAUUUUCCAAUUGUAGCUGACUAUUUAGGGGUCGCUCAUUACAUUAGAAUCUCUAGUGGACCAUAUGAUGCUGAAUUGUUAAUGGAUUAUGGUCAUCAAAAAUGUCAUUCAACAUGCCAUGUCAUUUAAGAAACUAGACUUUUAUCGAAAGAACGAAUGCUUGAUCAGUAUUCUUUGACUCAGAGAUAUUAAAACCUGAAAGCAAUGUAUUAGUGGAGAUACAAGCUUGACAAUCUAUUCAGAUUAAGAGUAGAAGAAAUACUUAUAGAAUAAGCUAAUUUCAAUUACUACUAAAACUAGAAAAUGCCUGAUCUUAUUAUUUCAGCAAUUUAGGGAGUGUAGCCCUUAACCCCUGCAACUGGAUAAUUUAAGUUUCUAUAUCCUUCUCAUAAAAUUAGAAAUGGAACUAGAUAUUCCAAGUAACCCCCUUAAUAGCUGUAAAAUUUUAUGAAUAAUCAUGGUAAGAUUAUAGUAAUAUCAUUCGGCACAUUUGCUGUGCCAGAGGAAAACAAGUUGAGAUAGAUAAAUUAGUUUAUUAUUGAAAGAACUGACUAUGCUUUUGUAAUUAGGUAUUAUGGAGCGUAAGAUAAUAAUGCAUUGAGAAAUCCAAGAGUAAGGGUAUUUUAAGAACUUCCAUAAAAAUUCCUAUUAAGUCAUCCUAAUGUUAAAGCUUUUAUAACUCAUGGUGGCUGGGGAAGUGUUACUGAAUCAAUUCAAAAUCUCAAGCCUAUGAUAGUAAUUCCGAUUUAAUUUGAUUAGUUUUUGAACUGUAAACAUGUUCAUCUUAAUAAUCUUGGUUCUUGCAUAAAUGCAUAAGAAAUUCAAGUGGAUCUGGAAAUAGCUAUUGAAAAAAUAGAGAGAGGAGAUCACGAAUAAUCGCUGUAAAUGCUCUCCAAUGUAAUUAUGUAUGAGAUGAAACAUAGCGAAACAAUUUUUGAUGCUGUUAAUGAACUUUUCUAGACUUCCUCAGGUGAUAGUACUCACACACUUCCAAUUUACAGAAAGAUGAAUACAAUAUAAUACUUUGAAUUAGACAUAUUUGCGUCAAUCUUUCUUUUGAUUGUAAUCUUCUUGCUAUUUAUUCUGGAACUCUUAAAACGAUGUUUAAAAUGA